CGUAACCCUAAAAAAAGGGGACGGGUACGGGUAUACCGAAAUACCCGUUUCCCGUUGCCCACCCUUAGGGGCAGGUAAUCUGAAUUGACUCAUUUUAAAUGACACGUUUUGUAAAAUGAAACAAUUGGUCAAAUUGUCUCGUUUUGUACCUUGGGUCUCAAAUACUUGUCUUCCAUGACUAAUAAAUAAAAAAUGAAAAUGUUGUAUUUGCAAAUAUGUGGGGUCCACGAAUUUAGAGCUUAAAAAAAGUCUGCCCCACAAAUUUGUAUACAUCAACAAAAUAUAGAUUUUUUUAUCAAAUACAUAAUACUUGAUAUUUGGGUGCCAAAUACAUCACCCAAAUCUGAUACGUGUAAACGAGACAUUACCUUACUUUAGAUCAGAUUCAAUCUAGCCGGCGAUUUCUGUGGGCACCUCGUCCCAAUUCUAUCGAUGUCGAACGGCGGCGGAGGAAACCGGUGCUUGUUAAUUUCUUCCCUCCCUCCUCACGUUUCUCUGCUAUGAUUGAGAAUGCAAUCUGAUCCGAUUUACAGCCUCAUCGGAUGCAAUUCACCGUGAGGAAGUUUCUUGACGAGAUCCAUUAGGCAGGAGAGUACUUGCCCAGCCGGCUUCUUUCUCCGUAGAAUUUCCGGGAAAGCCUCUGUCUUUACCUUAGCGAAGGCCAAGUAAGUUCUGAAGUUCGGUUACUUCCUUUGCUUGAUAGAUACCAUAUACUGUGCUCUUUAGUAAUCCUUCCCAUUAUCUGCAAUGGGCGUUUGAAUUUGCUAGCGAUUGGAGAUUUCGUUCAUUGUAAGUUUCAAUUUUACUUGUACUCGGAUGCGCGUCGAUUGGGUAGUUCGAAAGUUUCACUCUACAAACAGUCUUUUGCUGCCCAGCUUUUGUAGCUUGUUACAUGUGCUAAUGAAUGUUUGCUCCUUUCCUGCGACCGCUGAAGCCCAAUUUGAAACCAAGUCUUUGCUUGUUACUAUUCUUCUGCUGCUCCUCGCGACUUGGGAGCAUGGACUUUGAUGCUCCUUCAUUUACAUAUUGGUUCUUCUGCAAUCUUAUGAAUUGAUCCUGGAAGUAUAUAGUUGGUGAAGCUUCAAGAUCAUUUAGGACAUGAUAUGGCAUUGUAUUUCAUUGCAAGCAUCUUUAUCCUGCAUAGGAAAUCAAUGCUUAUUCAUUGCCUACUUACCUGCACAUUUAGACUGAUGAUUGCCUUAUGUAGUGGUUUCUAAAUGUUUGUAGUUGUUAUUUCAUUCAGUGUAGUACCAUAAUUUGAUAUCGGACGUUCCUAUGUGGUGAUAUCUAAUGUGAUAUUAUGCUGCAGAUACCUGAUGCUGGGUUACCAUCCACCAAGGUGUUAACAAAGGUCAUGCUCUUGCAACCGGAAAUCAACAGACCAACCAGUAUCUUGCUGUGUCAAAUAUGCUUCCCAAGAACAUUGCACCUACUACAUUUGCAAUCAGAAGAACUCAGCUUUCGUGUUACAUUGUGUCUAUCUUCCUCGCGUUUGUAGCUAUUUCCCUUCUCUCAUCUAUUUCCUUCCACUUUUAUUCAACCUCAUCCCAGCCGUUUCUAAAAUCCCAAACCCAUAUUAACACUGCCCAAACUUCCCUCAAAGUCUAUGUAGCAAACCUCCCUAGAUCUCUUAACUAUGGUCUCUUGGAGAAAUACUGGGCUUCCCCUGUACCUGAUUCACGCAUUAGCUCUGAUCCAGAUCAUCCCAAGGACCAAACUAAAGCCAUGGCAUUCACUAGAGGCACCAAGUUUCCUCCAUACCCUGAAAAUCCAGUAAUCAAACAGUACAGUGCUGAGUACUGGAUCUUAGGGGACUUGAUGACACCAGAAGCUUCACGAACCAACUCAUUUGCCAAAAGGGUGUUUGAUGAGAGCGAGGCUGAUGUCUUCUUUGUACCGUUCUUUGCUACGUUGAGUGCAGAAAUGGAGCUAGGAAGAGGAAAGGGCACGUUUAGGAAGAAGGAAGGCAAUGAGGAUUACCAAAGGCAGAAGGAGGUACUUGAUUUUGUUAUGAACUCGGAAGCAUGGAAACGGUCUGGGGGUAGAGAUCAUGUUUUCGUUCUUACCGACCCAGUAGCAAUGUGGCAUGUGAAAGCUGAGAUAGCCCCAGCUGUUCUCCUGGUUGUUGAUUUUGGUGGUUGGUACAGGCUAGACUCAAAAUCAUCUAAAAGCAGCCUGCCUGGGCGGAUUCAACAUACUCAAGUUUCUGUGCUCAAAGAUGUGAUAGUUCCUUACACACAUCUUCUUCCUCCAUUGCCCUUAUCUGAAAAUAUGAAGCGCCACACUCUUCUAUAUUUCAAAGGAGCCAAACAUCGGCAAAGGGGAGGGGCAGUUCGAGAAAAAUUGUGGGAUUUGCUGGUUAACGAGCCUGGGGUGAUUAUGGAAGAAGGCUUUCCUAAUGCAACUGGAAGGGAGCAAUCAAUCAAAGGGAUGAGAACAUCAGAGUUCUGUCUUCACCCAGCUGGAGACACCCCAACUUCUUGCCGGCUCUUCGACGCCAUUCAAAGCCUAUGCAUACCGGUCAUAGUCAGUGACAGCAUCGAGCUUCCGUUCGAAGGGAUGGUGGAUUACUCCGAAUUCUCCAUCUUCGUUGCAACCAGCGACGCCUUGACACCAAACUGGCUCGUGCAUCACCUGCGAAGCAUCUCCGAGAGACAGAAGGAUGGAUUUCGGCGGAAGAUGUCCAUGAUUCAGCCAAUGUUUUGGUUGGACAAUGGCCAGCCCGGUGGCAUCGGGCCUGUUCAUCCAGAUGGUGCGGUGAACCACAUAUGGAGAAAGGUACACCAAAAAUUACCCAUGAUUAGGGAAGCUAUUGCUAGGGAGAAGAGGAGACCGGCUGGUGUAUCUGUUCCUUUGCGUUGUCAAUGUACUUGAUUGAAGAAGAGCCUUAACAAGCUAGGUACUGCUGAUGUUUUGUUCUGUGCUUUAAUUUCUGGAUGUGGAUGAAAUGGUCUAGCUAGCGACUUGCCGGUCACACAGGUUUUGGUUUUCUUCGAUUCGCCAUGGCUUAAUUGUUUCAUUGAUUACCAUAUGUUGUGGAAGAGAUACAUAAGUACUGUAGUGCUAUUCAUCUAGUCUACUCUUCUUCUAGUAUCUUUUCCCAUCAAGUAUGACCUUUUUUUUUUUGGCAACCACGGUUCUAGACCCUUUUCUUCACGCCUAUACGCCAUCGUUUGUGUAGAUAGAACUCCAUAUUGGACAUUUCGCUUCAACAAACGCUGCAAAAAGCU